CGGGGCUGGCCGGGGAGGCGCUGGGUGCGCGGGAGCCAAUGGGCUGGCGCAGGGGAAGCCGGCUGUCGGCGGCGGUGGGCCGGGCGCGCACUGUUGGGAUGGAGGGCGAGCGCCCUGCAGCUCAGCCGCGCUCCUCGGGGCUCCCGGCUGGGGGCGCCGGCGGCGAGAACCUGGGGGCCGGUGUCUCCCACCCGGGCAGCAGCGGCUCCUCUGUGCUACUGCCGGCUGAAGUGCUGGAUCUGGACGAGGACGAGGAUGACCUGGAGGUGUUCAGUAAGGAUGCUUCACUAAUGGAUAUAAAUUCCUUCAGUCCUAUGAUGCCAACAUCCCCUUUAUCAAUGAUCAACCAAGUCAAGUUUGAAGAUGAGCCAGAUUUGAAAGAUCUUUUCAUUACAGUUGAUGAACCUGAAAGCCAUGUCACUACCAUUGAAACUUUCAUUACCUAUAGGAUUAUUACUAAGACAACUCGUGGAGAAUUUGACUCUAGUGAAUUUGAAGUUAGGAGACGGUACCAAGAUUUCAUUUGGUUGAAGGGAAAACUUGAAGAAGCACACCCCACUCUGAUUAUUCCCCCACUGCCAGAGAAGUUUAUAGUGAAAGGAAUGGUGGAACGCUUUAACGAUGACUUCAUCGAGACACGCAGGAAAGCAUUGCAUAAAUUCUUGAAUCGAAUUGCUGAUCAUCCAACAUUAACCUUUAAUGAAGACUUCAAAAUUUUUUUAACUGCACAAGCUUGGGAAUUAUCUUCUCAUAAGAAACAAGGGCCUGGAUUGCUCAGCAGGAUGGGGCAGACGGUCAGAGCUGUUGCUUCAUCAAUGAGAGGAGUUAAAAGCCGCCCAGAGGAAUUCAUGGAAAUGAAUAGCUUUAUUGAAACAUUUAGCCAAAAAAUAAAUUUGAUAGAUAAAAUAUCUCAGAGAAUUUAUAAGGAAGAAAGAGACUAUUAUGAUGAAAUGAAAGAAUAUGGUCCAGUUCACAUUCUUUGGUCAGCAUCAGAAGAAGAUUUGGUUGAUACUCUAAAAGGUGUUGCUAGCUGCAUUGACAAAUGCUGUAAGGCCACUGAAAAGCAGAUGGCUGGACUCUCAGAGACCCUGCUUCCUGUUGUACAUGAGUAUGUGCUUUAUAGUGAGAUAUUAAUGGGUGUUAUGAAAAGAAGAGACCAAAUACAAGCAGAAUUGGAUUCCAAAGUUGAAGCUUUGAGCUAUAAAAAGGCAGAUCCUGAUCUGCUCACAGAAGAAAUUGGAAAACUUGAAGAUAAAGUAGAAUGCGCUAAUAAUGCCCUGAAAGCAGAUUGGGAUCGAUGGAAACAAAAUAUGCAGAAUGAUAUCAAAUCAGCAUUUACAGAUAUGGCUGAGGAGAACAUUCACUAUUAUGAACAGUGCCUUGCUACCUGGGAAUCCUUCCUUUCCUCACAGACCAACCUCCCCUUGGAAGAAACCUCUGAAGAUAAAUCUUAAUCCCAUUUGAGAUUUCUAUAUGAUUGCUGGAAACAACAUCCGUUAACCAAAGUUAUCCCUACUAGAUGGACUGUGUCCUUUAUUAAGUGGAUGAAACAUGUUUCACACUAUCUGGAAAACCAAUUAAAACUCAGGUAUUCCAGACUAUUGAUAUGCAUUUAGAUAUAUUCACAUAUAUAUAUAUAUAUAUAUAUAUAUAUAUAGCUUUGUUUUAAUAAUAAACUUUGUGCCAAUAAUUACACAUAGAAUUUUUUAUAAUAUUUGUUCAUGGAACAUGUCAUUUUAAAUAUAUCGUCAAGACUUGAUUUUAAUAAAAAAUUUAAUAUGAAAUG